GAAGAGGGGAGGGGGGGGGGAGACAAAAAAAAAAAAAAAUCACCCCCCACCCCACCCCGGCGCAGCCGCUCCGGCCCGCACCCCCGCCAUGGGCAACGCGGCCGGGGGCAUGGAGGGGGGGGCUGCGGGGCGGGAGAGCCGCGACAACCGGUCCCGGUGCCCCCCCCCGGCCGCCGCCGCCGCCCCGCCGCCCGCCCGGCAGCCCAUGCCCGCCGCCGCCGAGCUGGAGGAGCGCUUCGGCCGUGUCCUGAACUCCAUGAACCUGCCCCCAGACAAGAUGAAGCUGCUCAACCAGUAUGACAACGAGAAGAAGUGGGAGCUCAUCUGCGACCAGGAACGUUUCCAGGUGAAAAACCCACCGUCAGCCUACAUCCAGAAACUGAAGAGCUACUUGGACACGGGUGGUGUAAGCAGGAAGUUCAAGAGGCGAGUGCAGGAGUCGACGCAGGUGCUCCGGGAACUGGAGAUUUCCUUGAGGACCAACUACAUCGGCUGGGUCCAGGAGUUCCUCAACGAGGAGAACAAAGGGCUGGACGUGCUGCUGGAGUAUCUCGCCUUCGCCCAGUGCUCCGUCGCGUAUGACAUGGAGAGCGCCGAGAACGGCAGCCCAGGCUCCGACAAGGGCAAGGGCCUGGAGCGGUCGCUGGAGGACCUGAGCAAAAGCUGCUCCUCGUCCCCCACCCAGGGUUCUUCCAAAGUGCGGCACCUCACCGUCAGCUGCUGCCUCUCGAACCAGCACAUCCACACCCUCCUCCGCCACGUUCACCCCAGCGUCCCCUGCGGCGCCCCGGGCAGCGAUGGGGACAGUAGCCCCAGGUCACCCGGCAGCUCCUACCCACCCCGGCUGAACCCCUCGCACAGCAGGAAGGCGCUGAGGAACUCCCGCCUCGUCAGCCAGAAGGAUGACGUCCACGUCUGCAUCAUGUGUCUCCGCGCCAUCAUGAACUACCAGUCUGGCUUCAGCCUGGUGAUGAACCACCCAGCCUGCGUCAAUGAGAUCACCCUGAGCCUCAACAACAAGAAUGCCAGGACCAAGGCACUGGUGCUGGAGCUGCUGGCCGCUGUCUGCCUGGUCCGAGGUGGCCAUGACAUCAUCCUGGCCGCCUUCGACAACUUCAAGGAGGUCUGCGGGGAGAAGAACCGCUUCGAGAAGCUGAUGGAGUAUUUCCGAAAUGAGGACACCAACAUCGACUUCAUGGUGGCCUGCAUGCAGUUCAUCAACAUCGUGGUGCACUCGGUGGAGAACAUGAACUUCCGUGUCUUCCUGCAGUACGAGUUCACCCACCUGGGGCUGGACCAGUACCUGGAGAGCCUCCGUCUCACCGAGAGCGACAAGCUGCAAGUGCAGAUCCAAGCCUACCUGGACAACGUCUUUGACGUGGGGGCCAUGCUGGAAGACUCGGAGACCAAGACGGCCGUGCUGGAGCACAUGGAGGAGCUGCAGGAGCACGUCAGCCAGUUGACAGAGAAGCUGCAGGAUGCGGAGAACGACUCCAUGGCCAAGAUAGCGGAGCUGGAGAAGCAGCUGAGCCAGGCGCGGCGGGAGCUGGAGGCUCUGCGGGAGCAGCUGAGCCCGCCGCGGCCACCCAGCCCGCCGGCCCCGCAGCCCCAGGAGUGCUACCGGCUGGCGCUGGAGCGGCGGCUGGCGGAGCUGGAGGAGAAGGGGUUGGUGCAGAUCCUGCGUGGGCCCGACGGAGACGUUGCCAUCGAAAUCGUCCCCGUCGUCAUAGAAACCCCGGCAGCCCCCGUGGUUACCGGAGAGGCCACCGCCACCAGCACCGCCACCGGCACAGGGAACGUGGCGGUGGCGCCGGGCCCUGCCGUGCCACCGUCUCACCCACGUCUUCUUUCUGUUGCAGAUGCUCCAGCUCCAGCUCCAGCCCCAUCCCCCCCCCCAGCACCCGAUGCCCCCCCACCUCCUCCCCCUCCACCCCCUCCACCGCUGCCGGGGGCUGAGCCCGGCCCCCCGCCGCCCCCCGCACCCCCACUGCCUGCAAGCACUGGCCCCCCCCCAGCCCCUCCACUCCCGGGCGCCCAAGUGCCACCCCCACCCCCGCCACCCCCGGGGGGGCUGGAGGGCCCUGUCCCCCCCCCUCCACCACCCCCACCCCUCGGUGGGGAGCUCCCAGCCGGGCCAGGUGCCCCCCCCGCUGCUGGCAGUUCAGUGAAGGUGAAGAAGCCGAUCCAGACCAAGUUUCGCAUGCCCGUUUUCAACUGGGUGGCACUGAAGCCGAGCCAGAUCGAUGGCACCGUCUUCACCGAGCUCAAUGACGAGAAGGUGCUGCAGGAGCUGGACAUGAGUGACUUUGAGGAGCAGUUCAAGACCAAAGCGCAGGGCCCCGGCUUGGACAUCAGUGCCCUCAAGACGAAGGCCACGCAGAAGGCUCCCAGCAAGGUCACCCUCAUGGAGUCCAACCGUGCCAAGAACCUGGCCAUCACCCUCCGCAAGGGCGGCUGCAGCAUGCAGGACAUCUGCACAGCCAUCGAGACGUAUGACCAGCAAGCUCUGAGCCUCGACUUUCUGGAGCUGCUGCUGCGCUUCCUGCCCACCGAGUACGAGCGGACGCUCAUCGGGAAGUUCGAGCGGGAGCAGCAGCCGCCGGAGGAGCUCUCAGACGAGGACCAGUUCAUGAUCCGCUUCAGCAAGAUCCCGCGCCUGGCCGAGCGCAUGAACGUCAUGAUCUUCCUGGGCAACUUCAAUGACACGGCCCAGCUGCUCAUGCCGCAACUCAACGCCAUCAUCGCCGCCUCCAUGUCCCUCAAGUCCUCCAGCAAACUGCGCAACAUCCUCGAGAUUGUCCUGGCCUUUGGGAACUACAUGAACAGCAGCAAGCGCGGAGCAGCCUACGGCUUUCGGCUGCAGAGCCUGGACGCGCUCCUGGAGAUGAAGUCGACGGACCGCAAGCAAACGCUGCUGCAUUACCUGGUGCGGGUGAUCACGGAGAAGUACCCCGAGCUGACCGGCUUCCACACUGAGCUGCACUUCCUCGACAAGGCGGGCACAGUCUCCCUGGACAGCGUGCUGCAGGACGUGCGGAGCCUGCAGCAGGGGAUGGAGCUGACCCGCAAGGAGUUCAUGCGGCAGGAUGACAGCCCUGUGCUCAAGGACUUCCUCAAGGUCAACUCGGAGGUGAUGGAGAAGCUGCAGGCUGACAGCAAAACCGCCAAGGAGGCAUACGAGUCAGCUGUGGAGUACUUCGGGGAGAACCCCAAGACCAGUCCCCCCACCACCUUCUUCCCCAUGUUCAUGCGCUUCAUCAGAGCCUACAAGAAAGCAGAGCAGGACAUCGAACUGUGGAAGAAACAAGAGGCCGCAGCCAAAGAGGCAGAAUCUGGCUCCCCUGGCAGCGAGGACCAGCCUGAGGUGAAGUUGCCCAUCCAGAAAGUGAGGCGGCAGCAGAUGGACAUGAUCGCUGAGCUGAAGAAGAAGCAGAUGGUGAAGGAGCCACUCAUCUACGAAGGAAAAGACGGGGCCAUCGAGGACAUUAUUUCAGAUCUGCGGAACAACCCUUACCGGCGCGCAGACAAGGGCCGCGGCAGCGCCAAGAAACGGGCUGCGGGGCAGAGCCUGCAGGCGACGCCGGACAUCUCGCUGUGACCGGCGCCGUCCCUGCAGCUGCCAGGACCGGGACAGGACCAUCCUCCCGAUGCAGAUGGGAUCGCAGGACGUCAACCCGUUGGCCCGGGAUGACACGGGGCAGAGGGACAGCGCCCGCUCCUAGCUGCUCCAGCCGCUUAGCGUGCCAGCUCCCACCCUGCAUGCCCUUGGGUCUGGCGCAGGGAUUCCCCGGUGCUUGCUUAGCAAUGCCUUUGAGCUCCUCUCCUCCAGGCUGGCAGGGCUGGGAGACUCUCCUGGGGAUGGGCAGGGAGGGGGGGAGCACAGAAAGGGCCCCAACUUGUCCUGGAAGGAAAAGAGGAGCUGCCCCAUCCCUACCCCAGAGCUACUCCAUCGCACACCCAUCUCAGGGUCAGCCCUGCGCACUGGUGUGCCCCACUCUUCAGCUUGCUGGUGCCUUUGAUUUCCCGCUGCAGGAGGGGAGGAGGGUUGUAAGCCAGGGACGCAGCAGCCCCUGCACAUCCCCCCUACCUCCCCCAGCCCUUUGAGACCUGUGUUCUCCUCCGCUGCAGAGCCGAGCAGGCAUGGGCUGCGCCUCCUCUCCAGCGAGGAGCCUGCUGCAAAGAUCCCACCCUGGGCACUUCCCAUACCCCAGGAGCUGGCAGGGGUGCUAUUUUACAGUGAUUUUAUAUGUCUUCCUUAAAAUUUCUCUGUGCUACGGGAGCAGGGACUGGAGCACCUAUAUCGAGGGUCUCACCAGGAUCCUAAGGCUGCGAUGAGUCUGUUCCUCACCGCAGGGGAGGCUCUGUAGCUACGACCAUCAGCAGCAGGGUCAAGGAUUUACUAUCCUCAAGUCUCUGCGAGGUGGUACCUAGCUCUGCCGUCCCGCAUCCCUGGCAUUCACCUCUGCUGUUGGGGCUGGAGCCUCUCGGAGGUAACAGUGACCAUCAGCCCUCGGGGAGCACGAGGCUGCUCCCCAUUAGGCAGCAGUUGCAGGAUGCGACAUGCAGCAGGUGCUGGGCAGCCUCCAGCCCCUGCAGCAAACACCACGAUCCCAGAAUGCUGCAGGGUCACAGCUGAAAUCACGCAGGAGAGAGGCCAGAGAGCUGCACAAGCCUCCAGAUAACGGCACUGGACUUGAUUCCUCCCCUGCCCUGCUGCUGAUCAGUAAAGCCAAACCAUGCACUAUCGCAAUUAACCUCUUAAUGCAUUUACUUCGUUAAAUGGCCCCUGCUUGCCCUGCUGCGAGGAUGCGUGGCUGCCGUGUACAUUCUCGCUAGUCCCAGCUUUUAGACCAGGGUAAGUCCUCGCUGUAAGCCAGAGCAGCGACUGCUUCCUGCUGUAAUUAAGAUGCUAAGCGCCAACCGGCUCAGUAUCACACACAAGCUCAAAGGGGAGGGAAGGGAAAUGAAUGCGUAACUUAUAAAUGCCUUUAAGCCAGAAAUGUAAAACAUUAACUGCUAAUUUGUAUACAUUAUUUUUAUAUACUGAAGGCCUGUUUAAUCUAAAGCAGAACUAGUAAUAAAAUGACUCUAAGGAUAAA